UCCCCGCUCAGACCGGCACGAGCGAGUUCUACACAUGCGGCAGCGCGAGGCUCCCAUUCAAACUGAGACGCUCCUGAAAACGCGGAUCUAUUUCACAUCGACGCUGACAACACCAUUUUUAUUUUAGUCUUUUAACUCGAGGCAGCUUUUGGUUUUCUGAGGGGAUCAAUCUCAUUAUCAGUUUAGGUCAUUAUCCCGCGCGCGCUAACGCCGUAACUGUGCGUGCCGCGCUCUCUCUAGCUUCCUGAUUAGCACUCGCUCUUCAUCCCGGGACCGACAACUGCAACGUGUGGAUGCACCCCUGCUCAUCUGCAGCUACAGUUGCACAAUGGCUGUCAUGUCACUCUGCUUGAUAGCCCAGCGCUCAAAGAACAGCAACAGAUCCAAUUUAAUUUUAGGAUAACAAUACGCCCUAAUCACAACUGUUUACCUUAGUUGUUGUCUGGCCAGUCCCAGAUAUACUGUUUACAAGUUUGCACUGCUAAAUCUCAGAAAUACCCUGUGCAAGACGGGGAACUUGAAGAGAAGCAAAUAAUUUAUUUUGACCGAGUACCUCUUUAUUUUAUUUAUUUUUCAUUCCCUUUAAGAUUUUGAAUCAAUUCUUUAUAAGCCUGCAAUCAUGGUUUCAACAACUGCAAUGUCAAUAUUAAUGGCCACCACUGCAGCCGUGGUAGUUCACACUCCUCUGACUGAGUACAUGUGGCUGCUGAUUGUUGGCUUCAUCAUCGCCUUCGUCUUAGCCUUUUCUGUUGGAGCAAAUGAUGUCGCCAACUCCUUUGGCACAGCUGUCGGCUCUGGAGUGGUCACCUUGCGACAGGCUUGCAUUCUGGCCACAGUGUUCGAGACCCUGGGCUCUGUGCUCCUUGGGGCCAAAGUGAGCGAAACCAUUCGGAAGGGCAUCAUCGACGUGAACAUGUACAAUGGCUCCGAGCAUGUGUUAAUGGCUGGAUCCGUCAGUGCCAUGGUUGGUUCUGCUGUGUGGCAGCUGGCCGCCUCCUUCCUUAAGCUACCCAUCUCUGGAACACACUGUAUUGUAGGUGCUACUAUUGGCUAUUCACUGGUCGCCAAAGGCCAGCAGGGAGUCAAGUGGAUGGAACUUGUCCGUAUCGUUGCUUCAUGGUUCCUGAGUCCCCUUUUGUCUGGAAUAAUGUCAGGGAUCGUUUUCUACUUUGUGCGUGUAUUCAUCCUACACAAGAAAGACCCUGUACCUAAUGGACUGAAGGCCCUGCCUGUCUUCUAUGGCGUGACUCUGGGAAUCAACGUGUUCUCCAUCAUGUACACUGGAGCUCCGAUGCUGGGAUUGGAAAAAAUCCCUUGGUGGGUCGUCCUGCUCAUCUCAUUGGCCUGCUCCGUGCUCACUGGCCUUGUGGUCUGGUUCAUUGUGUGCCCUCAGCUCAAGAAGAAGAUUGAACGAGACAUGAAGACCUCUAGCCCCUCUGAGAGCCCCCUGAUGGAGAAGAGAGAUGUGAGAGAGGCCCAGUGUCCAAUCCUGAAACAGACUGCCAUGGAGACAUCGACACCUCUCACCCCGGCUGCUAAUCAAAUCGCCUCUGAUCAACCCCAAGCGCCUCCUGAGGAACGCAGGGUGGCUUUUGACAUCGGAGAUUCUGACGAUGUCGACAAUAAUAAGGAGCGCAGGGUGGCAUUUGACAUCGGAGAUUCUGAUGACACCGACGACAGCAUUUCCAAUGGGGUCCUUAAACAGGUUCAGGAAAACACUCAAGUCCAGGUCCACAACCAGCAAACUCAGCUCAGCAAUGGUUCAUCAAACGCUGAACGCAAUCAGGCCCAGUUCAACAGACCAGCGCAGUUGCCAAAUAACGGUUACAGCCAGUACCACACGGUCCACAAGGACUCUGGCCUCUACAAGGACCUCCUGCACAAGCUCCACCUGGCCAAAGUCGGUGACUGCAUGGGCGAGGGGAAUGACCGACCAAUCCGGCGCAACAACAGCUACACCUCCUACACUAUGGCCAUCAUCGGCAUGCACAGUGACUUCAAGCAUAAAGAAGCUGACUUCCGUGCCACUGAGGAUGGCGACAAGGGCCCAGGGUCGGGCGGUCAGGAGAGGAAGCGGAUACGUAUGGACAGUUACACCAGCUACUGCAAUGCUGUGGCAGAGCACACAACACCUGAGGGCCUGGGAGAGGGAGAGGUGACGGUAGAAAUUGGGAAGGAGGAUGCAGGUAGUAGCCAAAGUUCUCUGGAUGACGACGGCCUGGAGGCCGACAAGCCAGAAGUCUCGACUCUCUUCCAGUUCCUGCAAAUUCUCACUGCCUGCUUCGGAUCCUUCGCCCAUGGAGGAAAUGACGUUAGUAAUGCCAUUGGACCACUUGUAGCUCUGUGGCUGGUUUACCAAACAAGCAGCGUGAAUACAGAUUUAGACACACCCAUUUGGAUCCUGCUGUAUGGAGGCGUGGGCAUCUGCGCUGGACUCUGGGUGUGGGGUCGCCGAGUGAUUCAGACCAUGGGCAAGGACCUCACCCCCAUCACCCCCUCAAGUGGUUUCAGCAUUGAACUGGCCUCAGCUGUGACUGUCGUAGUGGCCUCUAACAUUGGCCUGCCUGUCUCCACCACCCACUGCAAGGUGGGCUCCGUGGUUGCAGUAGGAUGGCUGCGUUCGAGAAAGGCAGUGGACUGGCGACUGUUCAGAAACAUCUUCGUGGCAUGGUUCGUGACUGUGCCAAUAUCUGGCCUGAUCAGUGCUGCCAUUAUGGCCAUCUUCAUCUACGGGAUCCUGUGAAACAUUCUGCUGCGCCCCAAGCAGGGGAGGAGAAACAGAAUGACGUUGGAAGGUCACAAUACAUUGCUUACCUCAAGCCAACAACUUUGGAAGAAAAAGGAGGAGAAAAAAGCGCGUUGAAAGGACUCGUGAUAUGGGCUUGUGGUUCUCGGCUGCAUCAUUUUCAACCUAGAAUUUGCCUUUGUUCCAAUUGGCCCAAAUUACUUCCAGUGGGAAUCUUGCUUUUUUUUUUUGUUUGUUCUCACUUGCUUUUGAUAUCAUCAUUCUGUAGAGAAUAUUCUCAAAGCAUCUUCCUUUUUUUUCUGUUUCUAAUACUCAUUCUUCCAUUCUUUUUUUACAUUGAAUUUAUGUAUAUACAAUCAUGCUGUUUUAAUUUGUGUUUCACGUUAGAAACAAAUGAACAACUAAAAUGCAGUAUUAGCUUUUUGCUGAUGUAAUUCCCAUCCUAACACAUGUUGAAAGUAAUGUAGAUGCAAAAGGGUGUGUAGGUGGGAGAGAAAAAAAAAAAAACGAGGUUACUGGUGUGUAUGUGUGUUUUACCAAAUUCAAAGUGUUUGUUGUUAAAUAAUUCAUAUUUUGAAUCUAUCCCCCAAAAAGGGCAUUGUUUCUCUGCUGUUGUAGAACUAAAUUGAUUUUACACAAUUUCUGAGCUGAAGAUAUUUUCUACCACACUCGGCCUGUAUGAUAGUUAUUCAAGUAAUUUGCUGUGGUAGAAGCACUAUCUGUAAACACUGGAUACCCGGCUGCAGAAUGCUAUCAAAGAUCCUGCGUCAGUAGCGUGAAACAGUCGACACGCUUCUGUCAGGAAAUGACGAGGCACUAAUUGUUCCAGUGAAUGGAUGAUCUGCUCUCCACUUCUGAAAUUAGAAUCUCCUGAGGCUCUUCAUUCUUGACCGGUGCAGAAAUAUCUUGGUUACUUGAAUUUGAGAAAUGUAACCUCAGAAUGACGACUAAAGCAACAACGUGCCGUCACCACGACCUCAAGUCUCCUGUGAAAACUUGAUUGCGUUGAUGGUUUAAUGCUUUAGACCUGCUUCAGCCUAGUUUGGUUUUUCUCUGCGGAUGCUGUACCUGCCCAAGACAAACUGGGUUGCUCUCGGCCUUCCUCUUUCUCCACCGGCUUCUUGAAACGCUGAAUAAAAAAUGUUUCAAGUGGAGGAAGAACAGGAACCUGAAACUGGAAGUAAACUGAGUGAGUGGUGCGGUGUGGAGCUGAUCUGGUCCCUGUUUGAAUAAGGGCAGACAUGUUGCAGGCCACCAGUGUGGUGUCAUCUGGCUGCAGAACUAAAUGCAUUUCAGACCUAUAGAUGCUGUAGUUGCCUUAAUUGUUUUAUUUUCCCUUAGAUACCAAAGAUGUUAUUUUUUUGUUUUCUUUUUUUUAAUACACAUCAACAUACUUUGGUCCAUAUUGUUGGAUUAAAAAAAACAAAUGAAAAAUAAAAAUGGGAAAAUUGA